UUUGCGAACCGCCAAAAAAUCCAACCAAGAAGAAAACCUACAUAUCUCUAUGGCAACGACAACUAUCCAUUUGCAGUGCUAAUGUGUCCAUGACUGAAAACUUGUUAACUUGUUGUAGUAGCUGUUAAUUACAACAUUAACCGUUUAUUCGCUGACAUUCUUGCCGCGUACAUUUGCAAACGCUGCAAGCAGUUAGGUAACAAAUUGCAUGUCGUUGCGAGUACGAAAAAUACGAAAAAGUAGCUGCGUGCUAACUCUAGCUAACGACAAGUGCUAGCUUUGCUAACAUCAAAACAAUAGCGCUUUUUGAAUGUUUACUUGCUAAAUACGAACUUUAUGGCGGACAGUUGGAACACAGAUACCGGAGAAGCUGUGUAUCGGUCCCGGGAUGCUGUCAAAAACUUGAGAAUAAGGGUGCGUAUAGAGAAGGUGACCUCUACAGCAGUCCUCUCUCAGCACCUCCAGCAGCAAGUUCUGUCCCAGCAAGACAGAGGGGACAUUGAACUGGAAACCCUCACCUCAGGAGGCCAGACAGGUGAUAAUGAGGAGGAGCUGGUGGUGGGCUGGCAGGAGAAACUCUUUAGUCAGUAUGAGAUGGAGCUGUUCCAGAGCGAGGCAGCAUGUCAGACCCCUCUGGACCGUCAGUAUCACACAGAAGUCAAGGCCCUGAACAAGUCUAAGGGCCGUCGUAAUCACAGGAUUUUCACAUACACAGAUCAUGACCGCUACACCAGCUGUCUUCCAUUCCACCAACUGCAGCACUCCACUGACUUAUUGACCUCAACCAAAUCCAGCCCCACAUUCCUGGCUGAAAGGAUGGCCAGUGUGAGACACAGACGGCAGGACAGACGCACCAUGGAUUGUAGUAUUCCUAAAUCAAAGAUCGUCAACUGGGAGCCCACAGAGGAGUUUGUGAAGGGCAGUCAUGUGGUGAAUAAUGCCAUGCAGACCAUGCACAUCAUGGGAGACCUGGCUCCCCCUGGAAGGCUGGGCCAGAAAGAUAAUGAAUAUUUGCUGGUAACCAUAAAAACAGAUGGCAGCGGAACAGUCAUUAUAAAACCUGACUUCAACAAAGGCAAAGAGCCCUACAGGAUUGUAACAGCGGGGGAGAAGAGAGAAGUUUGGCGUCUCACUGUGGAGAAUGUAUGCACAGCCAUGCAACCAGAGGAACAGGAGAGGGAGCAGAACAUGUACAAAGACCUGUACGUACGGCACAAGGAGUACCUCAAUAGUCUUGUUGGACAGGACUUUGAGAUGCCUCCUGCAGGUAUUCUGCGUUACCUGAUGAAUGGUGAGAUAGUUUCAGCCAAAGGCUUUGAAUAUGAUAACUUAUACAUCCACUUCUUCAUGGAACUGCCCAACAAUUGGUCCAGCUUGCCCUUUCAGUCUCUCUCAGGUGUUACCCAGACCUGCCGGGCCAAAACAUUAGGGAAGGAAAAUGUAGCUUUCUUCAGUUACCCCUUUAGCUUUGAGGCUUUCUACAUGAGUGAAAAAGAGAGUGAGGAGUCAGUUCUCCAGUGGCCAGUGAUCUACUUCAAGGUUCUUUCUCUGGACUCCUGGCAGCGCUAUCGAACUGAAGGCUAUGGCUAUCUGCUUUUUCCUGCCGUGCCAGGUAAACAUACAAUAACAUGCCAUACGUGGAGACCCCUUCAGACGGGGACAGGCUCUGCACUGAGGCGCUUCUUUAUUGGAGGUUCUCCGGAGCUUGAAGACCACAGCUAUGUCAGAAUACCCGGGACCUUUAAGGGAGAGAGGCUAAGUCGCUUUGGCUUUUGCACUGAAACCACAGGAAGUGUCACCUUUAAUCUGCACUGCCUCCAGCAAGCCAGGGCCUUUGUUGAUGCCACCAUGUUGAAGAAGAGGAGGCAGAAAGUUUUUGACCAGCUGGGAGGAUUUAGUCAGCAAGGAGCUGUUUGCACCAUCCUGGAGGCCUUCCAGAGGGCCAGGAGAAAGAUGCAUGAGGCCAGAGAAAGUCUUCCAAGAGACCUCGUCAACACCACCUCCCAACUCCAGAUCGAAUCCUCUGCAUAGGCGUGAAAAACGGUGAAGAACUGUCACUCUGUCAAAUACAUGAAAACAACCAAAUGACUUACAGCUACCAUGUAGAAUAGUAGCAACAUUACCAGCAAGUAUGAGUUGCCAUUUUUAAAUAUUGCACAUUUAGGGCGUGUUCACACCUAUAAUGAGGGGGUCUGGGUAUGCGAGUUUGGUCUGCUUUUGGUGCACAUCUGAGUGCGAUUGCUGCAUUCACACCUGCCCAAACGAACCGCACCAAGGGGGAAAACAAACUCAAGUGUGAUUUAACUGAACUAAAAGAGGCAGGUGUGAAAGCCUCCAUACUGUGUUUUGGUGAUAAGACUAUGAUAUACUGUAACAAGUCAGAGAGAACGGCCUUUUUGCAAUUUAAUUUUUGUAAAGAAUAAGGUUUGUAAGGUGAUUAUGGAGUAAAUAUGGAUUUAUGUGGUAAUUAAUAUGGAGCAAGCCAAUAUGCCUACUAAGUAUGGUAUCACCAUGUAUUGUGUUCUUUGUACAGUCACUGUUUGUCUCAGAUUUGGGUAAAUAGUCUUAUUUUCAGAGUUGUAGACAGUGAGGUUUUUAAAAACUGAUGCAACACAGAAAAUAAAAUACUUUUUAUACU